UGAUCGUUUUCGUCAAUAGGGAUGCGAACAAAUACCAUAUGACAGCCUUCAACAUUUAGUAUUCUGAUCAUGUGUGUAUGCAGUACACAUGUGCGUGAAAGACUUGAUCGACACAUACACGUAUCGAUGUAUUGCGAACGCACACAUGGCCACAGCAUCACAUAUGAAUGCAGUGCAUGUCGCUGCAAACGAUCACGAAACGUCAAACGAUCCGCAUACAGUGCAACAACAACAACAACAACAACAAUAUCACCAAGCAAACAAAAGAGAAGGCAAAUCACACAUAGCGACGAAGAAGCGCUCGGACAAAAUUCCAAGGAAGAAUAAACAUAAAACGGCAUCGAGUGUGUGAGAGGCGUGUAAUAUUUUGGAUUAUUUCAUGCAUCCAUGUGAAAUAUGCACUUCUUUCGAAUUGUUUGUUUGCUGAUUGUUCAAGAAUUUUGGAGGAAUUUUGUGAUCGCCGAAUUCAGUGCAACGAUACCAACAUCGAGUGACAAACCCGACGAUGAAUACCUGGAUUUGGUGCCGAUUAACGGCCGUGAUUUUCGCAGUAAUAUCACGAAAGACAUAAGCGGAAAACCUUGGCAUGAUGAUCGCAAAGAACGUUUUAUCACUCGCUGCGUUCGACCGACCAAAUGCGAGAAAAUUCUCAAUAGUACGUGCUUCGGUACGAAAAUUCCGUAUAAAUUCACCAGUGUUGAGCUGACGGAUUUGGGCAGCCAGGAGAAUAGCGUUAGGAAAUUGAAUCAAUUGGAAGCAUUGCGAAAUGUGCCAAAGUGCUGGGCCGUUGUUCAGCCAUUCCUGUGUGCAGUCUACCUACCAAAAUGUACAAGAAGCAAAUCCAAGGAAUACGUUUAUUUGCCAUCGUACGAGAUGUGCAGCGUUACCUAUGAACCGUGUCGCAUUUUGUACAACACGGAUUUCUUUCCCAGUUAUUUAAAGUGCCAUGAAGAGGUGUUUCCGUGCAAAAAUUGCAGUAAUGACGUGCGUGACAUGAAAUUCACAUCGAUUCCGAGCCAAUGCAUGCAUCCGCUCGUUGCAACCGAUUCGCCAAUUAAUCAUUAUCCAGAUGUCGAAGGAUGUGGACUUCAGUGCAAAGAUCCGAUGUAUACGGAUGAAGAGCACGAAUCGGUGCAUACACUGAUCUUCUGGGGUACACUCUUUUGUUUUACCUGCAAUUUAUUUGUGAUCGCAACAUUUUUGAUCCAUGAUUGGAAGCACUCAAAACAUCCUGCAUGGAAUUUGUUCUACAUCAGCAUUUGCUUCCUUUGUAAUUGGGUUGGAUGGAUGUUGCAAUUUGUACCCGGCCAUCGUGAGAAUAUUGUGUGUCGACGUGAUGGCACUCUACGCUAUUCUGAGCCAAGUGCUGGUGAAAAUUUGGCUUGCAUCAUCCCAUUCAUUUUGAUUUACUAUUUUUUAAUUGCGGCUAAUGUUUGGUUUGCAAUUUUCACAUACGCGUGGUACUUGCAAACAAAGGAUCGAGGGAGUAUCCGAGAUCGCAUUGAUAAAGAAAGCUUCUACUUUCAUUUCAUCGCAUGGGCGCUGCCAUUCAUACUAACCGUUUCCAUAAUGGUGUUGAGCGAAGUGGAUGGCAACAGUAUCACGGGCAUCUGUUUCGUUGGAUAUCGAAAUCGUGCCAUUCGCAGUGGUUUAGUCUUAGUUCCAGUGGCCAUUUUAUCAUUUGGCGUUAGUGUAUUUUUCUCAUUCAAAGGAGCAUUCAAUUUGAAUCGCAUCAAACGCAGCACCAGCAGCAGCGACGAAUCAAAAAAACUUAGCUCACAUAUUUUAGGGAUGGGCAUUCGAACGAUGCUAGUCAUAUUUUUCAUAUUUGCAUUUUUCAUGUUUGAAAGCUAUGAAGUGCGCAACUCUGAACUGUGGGCCAAAAGUCUCAACGAUUUCAUUAUAUGCAAGAUAAAAGAGAGUUACUCGGGCGAUCCGACCAAAUGUAAGAUACACAACCGUCCAAGUGUGGCUGUUCUUCAAAUUCGACUGCUGUGUUUGUUCUGCGUGAAUUUGGUGACGUCGUCGUGGUGUUGGACGUGGCCAGCGCUCAAAACAUGGAAACGAUUCCUCAAGAAAAAAAUCGGCUACGAGCAAAGUGAAGAUGAAAAAUUCACGAAGCCAAAGCAUCGCAUCAUUGCCGAUGCAUAUGCAAAGCGUGGUGAUGAAGUUAUUUCAGUGUCGAUUGAAAAUUCGCACACCGAUCCGGCUGGCAUAAAUUUCGACAUGAACAAUCUCAAUUCGGGUGCAUCGGAUGGAAUGGGUGUCACCCUAACCAAUUACCUCUGUAACAUAAUAAAUCGUCGGAAUGCAGUGACAAUGACACGAAUGGAUUUCAAUGAGCCGAAUACAAAUUGUGGCGCACCGUACGCUAGUUCAUGUGCCGAUAAUAAUUCGGAGAUAAGUGUGAGUGUGAGACACUUUUCAGUUGAAUCGAGACGCAAUUCGGUUGAUUCGCAGGUGUCACAAGUCUCCGUGAAAAUGUCCGAGACAAAUAUAAAGGCAACGCUGGAGAGUCAUUCACAGAAGCACAAGAGUGUCAAUAUGAAUAAGCGACAGCGCAACUAUUGCCGUGCAUACCGACGAACGAAUAAUGCAUACAGGCGUCGUGCAAGUAGCUCGUCGGUGGAAAGCCAACGCAUAACGAAUCAAAUGCAGAAUAUUAGAUAUAAGCAGCCGAAUAAUCAGCGCAUUCAAUUGUGUGCGAAUACGAUGGGCCGACAGAUUGAGCGACGAAGUGCCAUAACGGCGACCACAACAGCUGACAUAGCGGAUAUUCAGCAGUUGUUCAGCCACAAUGAUCUAGAGCAACAAACAUCCGACGAUGACCAGUCGAUCGAUGAAUCGCAGCCAAUGUGCCGUAUUGAGGAACCGUCGAAUAUGCUAGUGCCGCUGAGCGCCCAUCAGCGUCAAAUGGCCGAAAGUGCGGACAGUUUAGAUGUGUCGAACGAUAAACAGGCAGCCAUCGAGCAAAUGUUGAAGAAUAUCUUGAAAAAUAGUACAGAAAAGCAAAUCGAAGCUCUGCUCAACACAUGCGAUCGAAAUGGAUUGAAUGGGAUUGGCAAGAGUGGACGAAAUAGCACAAGGAAUAGCAAGAGUCAACGUCAUUCACAUGAUAAAAUGCAUCGGCCGAAUAUUGAGGAUAUUGAGCAUUUCACACCGAAUGAUGUUGAUGUGGCCUCAUCGAUAUCGUCGUCGAUCGAUGUUGACUGCAUUCGUCGUUUGGACGGCACUCAAAGCUCAUUCUCCGAUCAAUCGACGAAUCGCAUGAAAACACAAUCACAAAAUAGUAAAGGAAGCUGUGAUGUUGGCAUCCAAGCCAACGAUUAUGACAUUGCAUCGCACACACGACAACGGUCGCGUGACGAUUACCCGAUGAAUUACCAAUACGAUGAUUCGAAAGACAAUUUACCAGAGAAAAUUCAAUCGAAUUACCAUCAUCAUCAUCAACAGCAGCAGCAUCAGCUUCAAGAUGAUGAAACACAUCAACUGUUGCCAUAUCGAAAACGAGAUGCACCAUCUAUUGUGCGCAAGGACACGCUCAGUGGCAAACACUUGAGUGAAUCGGAAAAAAUGGAAAAAUUAAAGAAACUCCUUUUGCCAUCCAAUUAGAACGGACUACUUGCAACAACAAUACAAACCGAAGGGAGAACUCGACUCUUAUCUCUUUUAUGGUUCUGAAUCAAAAGUUUCGAUUUUUGGCGAUCGCCUUUUUAUAAAUAUAUUUAAACUAUUUUUGUCCAUAGAAAAAAAACUAUUACUGUGUAAUAGAUACUAAUUAUAUAGAUCGUGUUGAGCUAUUUACAGCUCAGAACUGACAACAGCUACAACAUUUUCUUGAAUUCUCUUUUAAAGUACAGAUAAAUCCCGUGUAUCAUCUCCACUUGUAUUGCUUUUUACAUUGAAGGGCGUUGCACGCACCUUAACAUUUACAAUACAAACUCAAUGCGAGUGGAGACGCCUUAUGAAAAAUGGCACAGAUUGCUAGUGCUAAGGUUUAUCUGUACUUUUCAUUUCAUCGUGUGUUUUUGCGUUCUUUUUUCUUUCGUUUUGCUUAAUUCUAACAUUUUAUAUGAUUUUUUUUUAUUCAAGACAACGGAACUUAUUUUAUUUAGUAGGAUAACAAAUGUUCCAAGAGUUUAUUUUUUCGUGAAAAUAUUUUUGAUAGCAUCGAUCUUAUUGCACUAUUUUAUUUUGUACGAAUGCAACUAAAAUAUUGCUAAAAUUCACUAAUUUUAUCGACAUUUUAUCUGAAAAAAAAAAUACUCACAACAUAUUUCGAAUUUUAUAUCAGAAUAAAACACGUAUGCUACCAA